AUGGCUUCGACACAAACGACAACCACAACCAUCCACUUAAAAGAUUACGACUCUUCCAGCACAUCGGCCCCUGUCAACACUGGCGCAGAACCUGCCCAAGAUGUCACAUUGAAUACAUCCACGACCACGCGCCGCCGCGGUGCGCAACCAUUUCCCGUUCGUGCAGACGACGAUGCCGCAAUUAUUGAGGCGUCUCGUGCGCUUGACGAGGAAUGUCCUGAUGGCGGCUAUGGCUGGAUCAUCGUGCUUAGUGGUGCCAUGCUCAUGUGGUGGGCGUCCGGAACGACCUACGCGUGGGGGGUCGUCCAGCGCAAGCUUGUCGAGGAGCAUCUGGCAGGCCCGGCUACUCUGUCGUUUAUCGGCUCUUUACAAGCAUCCAUGCCCGCAUGGUUUGCAGUGCUGGACGCGUUCGUCAUGCGUCGCUGGCUGGGGUCAAGAAAGCUCGCCAUGCUGGGCAUGUUUACCAUGGGCCUUGGCGGCAUCCUGGCCAGCUUUUGCACAGACAGUAUUCCCGGCCUCUUCGUUACCUUUGGCUUCCUUGCUGGCGCGGGUGGAAGCUGUGGAUUUGCUGUCGUCGCGGCUGUCCCUGCGCAAUACUUCAAUACUCGACGUGGCCUCGCUAAUGGUCUCAUCUUUGCGGGAAGCGGCUUCGGCGGCGCCACGAACAGUUUUUUCAUGGAUGCGCUCAUCCGCAACUUGGGUAUUGCGUGGGCUUUCCGUGUGCUCGGCCUGGUGACCAUUGCGACUGGUCUAUUCGCGGGCUGGUUCAUGAUGGAAAGGACAAAGAUCCCUGAUAAACGAUUUGUUGAUAUGAAAUUGUUUAAAAACACGAAUUUCACACUCUUGUGGCUGUGUGCCGCUGUCGGCAACUUCCCCAUCUUCGUUCCGCCCUUCUUCCUCCCCCUCUACAACCAAGCGCUGGGAUUUUCUUCCAGCACAGGCGCUGGUCUUGUAGCGGGGUUCACCUUGUCAUCUGCCAUUGGCCGUAUUCUUUGCGGCUUUUGCUGCGAUAGAUUUGGUCCCGUGAAUGUUCUUCUGGCAUCACUGCUACUGUCUGCUUUUAGCAUGCUUGUCAUCUGGCCCGUCUCGCAGUCUCUCGCGCCCCUCGCAAUUUUCUGCAUUCUCAAUGGUGUCUCGAACGGCGGAUUCUUUUCCUGCACGCCCACUGUUGCCACUAGUAUCUUUGGUAGCCAGCGCGUGAGCGUCGUUAUGGGUAUGAUCAUGACUGCUUGGGCUGGGGGUUAUCUCUUGGGCUCUCCCAUUGCUGGUUACCUGCUGGAGGCCUUUGGUGGAGCUAGCGGUGGCUUGAAGGCGUACCGCCCUGCUAUGUUUUACGCAGGCAGCCUCGCUUUAAUUUCCGCGAUUCUCUUGGCAAUUGUCCGCUUUCGUAUCAACAAAAAGUUCCUCGCGGUUGUAUAA